GUUGAGUAAUAAGGUUCUUCCAGAUCGGUGAGUGUGGCUGUUAUUUCAUUCUUACGUCAGGGUAGGUUCACGUCAACUCUUUUCUUCUCCGCCGAUGUUGCCAGACCUGCUGAGUUUUUUCCAGCACCUCCACCGCCCCCACCUCCCCCUCACCAUCCAGAGCGAUAAUGGGAGGAGCAGCAUCAGUGGAUCAGAGUGUCCACGUUGUGAUUGUUGGUGGUGGCUUUGGCGGGAUUGCAGCAGGAAACCAGCUGAAGUCCUACAGCGUACCAUUCACGUUGAUCGAUAUAAAAGAUGCUUUCCAUCACAAUCCAGGCGCCCUCAGAGCAUCAGUGGAAAGUGGAUUUGCAAAGAAAACAUUCAUAUCGUUCGCAAAGACGUUUGCAGAGAACUUCAGGCAAGGAAAGGUCGUCGAUAUUGAUUUAGAAAAACAGGAUGUUAUUUUAGAAAGUGGAGAGAUUGUGCAUUUUUCCCACCUCAUUUUGGCAACUGGUAGCUCGGGGCCAUUCCCUGGAAAAUUCGCUGAGCCAGUUACAAUGGAGAACGCCAUUCAGAUUUACGAAGAUCUAGUUAAAAAGGUUCAAGAAGCUCAGAGAGUUGUUGUGAUUGGAGGUGGAUCUGCUGGUGUGGAAAUGGCAGCAGAAAUCAAAACCGAUUACCCCGAUAAGGAGGUAACCUUGAUUCAUUCAAAGAUUGCUUUGGCUGAUGUUCAACUCUUACCCAGUGUAAGGCAGGGGCUGAAGGACAUUCUCCUGAAGAAAGGAGUCCAACUACAGUUAGGGCAGAAAGUCAUUAACCUGCAAGACCUGGUGGUGAAUGAAAUGCAGGACAACAUAAAAGUCGUGACUGACAAGGGACUGGAAAUCAUUACAGACAUGGUCAUCUGUUGUACUGGAAUAAGGAUCAACUCUUCGGCGUAUUCAAAUGCUUUUAAAGAUUGGCUUGCUGAGGAUGGCGCAUUACUAGUCAACGAGCAUCUACAAGUCAAUGGGCUGGAAAAUGUUUAUGCGAUAGGAGAUUGUGCACAUGUGAAGGAACCUAAAAUGGCUUAUCAUGCUGGACUCCAUGGAGUGGUUGCUGCGGAUAAUAUUGUCAACAGCCUUGGCAAAAAGUGUCUCAAAGUUUACAAACCAGGUUCCCUGACUAUGCUGUUGUCAAUGGGUCGGAACGAUGGAAUUGGCCAGCUGUAUGGUUGGCAUGUUGGAAAAUUCAUUGUCGUCAUGGCCAAAAGUAAAGAUCUUCUAGUGUGGAAAAGUUGGAAAGAAAUGGGCCAAACAGCACCCUCCGACGACUUGAGUGCCUGACUGCCUUUCUCCCAUUCUGGGAUGUGCCAGAUUCAGUAUCUUUAAUGUAUAUUUAACCUUUUGAACAUGAAUUAUUGGUUGCUGUAUCUUUAAAUAACUUUCAAGUAGGAAUAAUGGAACUGGAACAUAGAAUAUUCUGUCCAAAAAAAACUCAAACUGGUGCUUUUAUAUGGGUGCAGAAAAACAACUGCAAUUCUGCUUGUUCACUGAUGCUUUUAAAGCUUAAUUAUUGCAAACAAUAAAUAGAAUUUUGAAACA